AAGUUUGCAUUUCAUACGCAGCGUACUCUGUUUGCACUUUAAUUAAAUUGGAUGUGUGUUCUGGCUUUCAUUUCACAAGAAAACUCAAGUCAACAUGUUUAGCUGCUGGUACCUGUUGCUAAUUGUGGCAUCUGUUAACUGCAAAGGCAAUAAAAUUAAAGACUUGAAAGUUAUAAAUGAAAAGAUAGUUGAGCAUAUAACAAGCUAUGCCGAUGAGUUGCAGCAAAAAUGUGAUGCCAUCAAUGAUGCAUUGGAUGAGUACAGCGAAGAGAUAAAAGCGGUGGAUGGCAAUGCCGAACAAUUCUUAUCGAAUCCUUUAUACGGCUUUAAGCUAAUACGUCAAAUGCACAAGGACGUGCCAGCUUGGCUGGAGUAUCUGGAAGCCCCAGUUGGCGACAAACAUUUGAUUGCGCUACAGGAACUUAUGGAAGACGUAAACCUUAAUAGUGUUUUCAAAUUGGCAUCAAAAGAAAUAUAUGCCAUUUUCAAAUUCUACAACUUUAAACCCAACGACUAUUUGCCGCCUAGAUAUGAAUUGAGGCUUUCAGCUGCGGAUUGCUACUAUGUGGGUGUGCAGCUAUACGAGGCCGAAGCAUACCACGAUGCAGCCGAAUGGCUUAUGGCGGCGGCUUCGGAAUACAGCUCAAUUCCUGCCAGAGAAAUGUUGACCGUGCCAGCUUGGCGCGUACUCGAAAUGCAGUCGAAAGUAUUCAUCCAUCUAAAUAAGUGGGAGGAAGCCAAGGCAGCGAUUGAUCUGGCUAUUGAUCAAUCUCCAAUGACCAUGGCUCUUUUUCUACAGCGCGAUCAGUUGGCUGUGCAUCCGAAUAGAAGAAAUAAAAAGCCUGUUCCAGCGCCGGCUUACAAACCCACCAAUCUGCAAUUACAGUGUCAAGGCCACUUAAAGCCUAAUCAAGAAUUGAUCUGUGAGAACAUGAAGUCAUCGACAUCCUUCCUGGAGUUAGCGCCCUUACGUUUAGAGGAAAUACUGAUGAGUCCAUAUGUGUUACUCUAUCAUGAUGUUAUAUAUGAGGAUGAGAUUGAGGACAUUAGGGUCGCCUUUGUCUUAUGCAAGGACAAGUUAGAUUUACCCGAGGGCAUGCGUGGAUGUCUCAUUCCGGAUAACCAUAGUGCGUCAACUAAGAAAGUAGCAGUGCGGACAUUGGACAUGACUGGACUCGACACGCAUGUUCCCGGUCUAUAUGUCAUAGAGUAUGGUCCACGUGAACUAUUCAAGAUAAUUGAAACCUUAAAGGCUAAGGAUAUGGCUAAAGAUGUAGAGGCUUCGGUUAUUAUAUUUAUGAAUGACGUUGCCGCGGGUGGUGCCUAUACAAAUAGUGAAGGUGAUUUCUCUGUCAUACCGCAUCGAGGCGAUGCUUUGGUCACAUUUAACGAAGGUGACUUUGAACAGUAUGUGUGCCCCAACUUAUUGGGCACAGGCUUUGUAAUAGUGAAAUUUGUAGCUACUGAGGAAUAGCAAGUUAUGAGGAUUCCAGGAAGUACAUUUGAAUUCUUUAUUCAGUUACGUAUUCAGCUUUUUAAUAAAACAAUAAUUCAAGAGUUUAACUUUACUUUACCAUAACUGAU